GUAGUAUAGUCCAACAAAUAGAGCAGAUGGUGGGGUCAUGUUCUCGUACACAGAAAAAGUAAAUGGCUGUCAGCCACAGUACAAGCUAUUAUGACUUUACUCUCUUUCCAUCUUUUUGACUGGCUCGUUUGGCUGCCCUAUUGAAAGUUGUUUUGUACUGCUAGCUCGUGCACAGUUACUUUAGUUUUGCCUAUACAUUUAGCUGGUCUGUUGGAGUCAGUCUUAUUCAGAUGGAUUGCGUAGGGCAUCAUGCAUCCGCGGUGCCAGGGACGGCAAUGUGUUUUCAUGGCCGAUCGCGCGCAUCAAGUCCAAGUGUCCAACAAGUAAUCCAACCAGUCCACACAACAGUCAACACCUGCACACACCCCCUCGUAACAGAUAAAGAUUCUCUGCCGCAGAUUUGUUGGUUUGCUGCGAGGCUCUUCAUAACCAACGCCACGCCAACGAUCUCGGGUCCAAGAACUCUCCCAUGCCUCAUCUGAUGACAAAUAGACAGAGAGAAUCAGAGAAAGAGGCCAAGAAAAUCACAAGAGGAGGGGAACAGCAAGUAAGCCACUUCAGCUUACAAUAAUCCUAUUGCUUGGUGUGUUAGUCCUAGUUCCGCGCCCUCUCGUCCGCGAACAACACGCAACGCCCCCGCAGCCAUAGCCGCAGCACUUGGCCUAGCUAGCCGCAUGAGGGAGUUCUCGUACGAGGAGGUGGAGGCGGCGACGGGCGGGUUCGCGGAGAAGAACCUGGUGGGCAAGGGCAGCCACGGCACCGUGUACAGGGCCAGGCUGAGGAGAGGCGGCAGGACGGCCGUCGUCGCCGUGAAGCGGCCGUCGCACGCGCAGGGGGAGGCCAAGCUGGCCAACGAGAUCGCCGUGCUCUCGGCCGCGCCGCGCCACCCGGGGAUCAUCGGCAUCGUCGGCGUGUCGCCAUCGCCAUCGCCACAGCCGCAGCCGGGGCCUCGGCUGCCCCCGCUGCUCGUCAUGGAGUUCAUGCCCAGCGGGUCGCUGCACGACAUGCUGCACCGGUCGCCGCGGCCGCCGCCGUGGCCGCACCGCGUGGAGAUCGCGCUAGACGUGGCGCGCGCCGUGCUGGCGCUGCACGGCGCGGCGCCGCGCGUCAUCCACCGCGACGUCAAGUCCGCCAACGUCCUGCUCGGCCGCGACGGCCGCGCCCGCCUCGCGGACUUCGGCCUCGCCGUGAGCGUCGUCAAGGCCGCCGCCGCCGUCCACGCAGACGCGCCACCUGGACCAGCAGCCGAGGAAGGCUCGGCGUCGGCGGGGCCGCCACCAGCCCCGGCGGGCACGAUCGGGUACCUGGACCCCUGCUACACGGAGCCCGGGAAGCUGGGCCCCGCGAGCGACGUGUUCAGCUUCGGCGUGGUGCUCCUGGAGCUGGUGAGCGGGCGCAAGGUGAUGGACGUGGACUCGUGCCCGUCGUCCAUCGUGUCGUGGGCCGCGCCGCUGAUCGGCGCCGGGCGCGCGCGGGAGGUGCUCGACGCCCGGGUGGCCGCCGCGCCACUGCCGCCCACGGACCGCGCGCUGGCCCGCGUCCUCGCCGUGGCUGCGCGGUGCGUGUCGGAGAGCGUGGAGCGGCGGCCGGCCAUGGACGAGGUGGUGGCCGAGCUGCGCGAGUGCGCCGGGUGGCGGCACGGGCACCGCGGCGGCGGCGUGGUGGGGCGGGUGUGCGAGCGCGUCGCGGCGUGGGGCCAGCGCGUGAUGAGGAGGGGCAGCAACCGGGUGGUGGCGACCAAGGUCGAGUGCACCGAGCACUCCGACAGCGACGUGGCACCCGAUCGCCAGGGCUCCUCCUCCUCCUCGUGCACGACCGCGGCUCUGCCACCGCAUCGGAACGACGGCAUGAUGACCGGCGCACCCAAAUGAACCGAAGACGAGGUAGUGUCUGACCCAAUUCGAGAGCGAGUUUGGAUCUCGUUUUCAGUAGUUGACAAACUACGGAUGUUUACUGGUAAUAGUACUAGCUAGUUACGUGUCACGAGACUAUUACUGUCACAGCAGUUAUGGCAUGCGCUAAUCUGCGACUGCUUUGCUCGUUCCGAUCAUCGCACAGUCUCGAGAUAUGGAUUGACGUCGUGGUGUAUAUACGCUUCUUCAUUUUACGUUUGGAAUUUGGGUUUCUUU